AAAGUGCUUUACAGAUACCCAGCCUAAAAGUCUGCUGGAACUGUGUAUCAAUGUCUUUAAAAAGUAGUCUCAUACAGUUGACUUUGGAGGUCCAGCUCUCGGACUUUACCUUCUUUGAUUUGAGUCAUCUGCUUUGUAUUAUGUUAGCUCAAUUUAUUGCAUGCCACAACCUUGCUAGCUGCGGGGUAAAUUACUGCACUUCUGACAAACCUAAACAGCGCAUUUGUAACUUUGAUAACUCCUUUGAGUAGACCUACCCAUGCACGUGCUUUGGUGGCACAUGACUAGCUAGCUAACAAGCUCGACCUUGUUACGUCUUUACAUAUAGAGGUAAAACGAUGAAAGUUUAUAGUCCGUUGGUGGGAUCCUGCCCACUAGCUAGCUACGUGUAAAUGCUGCUGGGUAGUUAUUUCCUAUGCUUACUUAACUUCCUUACAUCCGGACUGGAGCGGAUAGCUAGCUAGCUGCCCAACUUGGCUUGGCCUGCAUUGCUUCAUUGGUUUGUGUGGAAACAGGCAAUAAAUCACAGGACAGCAGCAUCGUAGAGAUGGAGGAGCUUCCUGUCCCUCAGAACAUCAAGAUCAGCAACAUCACAUGUGACUCCUUCAAGAUUUGCUGGGACAUGGAGCCCCGGGUCAAGGAGCGCAUCACUCACUACUUCAUCGACCUCAACAAGAAAGAGAACAAGAACUCCAACAAGUUCAAACACAAGGAUGUUCCCACCAAGCUGGUGGCGAAGGCAGUGCCUCUGCCCAUGACGGUGAGGGGUCACUGGUUCCUCAGCCCGCGUACGGAGUACACCGUGGCCGUCCAGACUGCCUCCAAACAGAGUGACGGAGACUACGCCGUGUCAGAGUGGAGCGAGAUCAUCGACUUCACCACCGCCGAUUAUUCCACGGUGCAUCUAACCCAGCUGCUGGAGAAGGCUGAGGUCAUCGCAGGCAGGAUGCUGCGCUUCUCUGUGUUCUACAGGAAUCAAAACAAAGAGUACUUUGACCAGGCCAGGGAGGUGCAUGGGAACCACAUGCUGCCAGCUGUGAAGGACAACAGUGGAAGUCAUGGCUCACCUAUCAGCGGGAAGCUGAAGGGCCUCUACUUCAGCUGCAACACAGAGUUCAACACAGGCAAGCCCCCCCAGGACUCCCCCUACGGCCGCACACGCUUUGAGAUCCAGGCUGAGACCCUGUUCAACCCCAAGACUAACCUCUACUUCGGGGACUUCUACUGCAUGUACACGGCCUACCACUACGUCAUCCUAGUGCUGGCCCCACAGGGCUCGCCCGGCGAUGACUUCUGUAAGGCAAGGCUGCAAGCACUCGACAUCACCAACAACCACUUCCUGACUUGCACGGUGGACGAGGAGGCGGGCGACGGGGCGCUGGUUUUCCGGCACGCCCAGGAUGUGAUCCUGGAGGUGAUCUACACAGAGCCUGUGGACCUGGCGCUGGGCACGGUGGCAGAGAUCAGCGGGCACCAGCUCAUGAGCCUGUCUACCGUCAACGCCAAGAAGGACCCCAGCUGCAAGACCUGCAACAUCAGCGUGGGACGCUAGUGGGAGACUGAACUGCACCUGUGCUACACAGACGUACACACACGCAACCCCAACCUUUACCCACCUCUAUAUCCACAAAGGACCACCCUCCCAAAAGAAGAACAUUGCAGGAGAGGGACCCAGACUGUGAAAGAAAUUUAACAACAGGGUAGGGUGCUAGAAUUCCCAGUCCCCACACACACACACACACACACACACACACACACACACACACACACACACACACACACACACACACACACACACACACACACAUCAUCCAUUUUCCUAUUCAACCUCAUAGGAACCACCCUCCCAAAAGUGUGGCAUUCUAUUCAUCCCUCCUGCCGUUCCCAUCAGAAGAGAAACCAUGCAAAAGAGGGAGGAGCCCCAACUGAAAGAUCUACAGCUGAAGUGUGGGAUCCUAACAAGCCUUGGUCAGCAUCAUCCAAACCGCUAGCCAACACUGACUGAUCCUAACAAGCCUUGGUCAGCAUCAUCCAAACCGCUAGCCAACACUGACUGAUCCUAACAAGCCUUGGUCAGCAUCAUCCAAACCGCUAGCCAACACUGACUGAUCCCUUUAAAUGUUCUAACCAAACAUUGUUCCGUGCAUGUAUUCACACCGCUUUUCUCAUUGAUUUUCUCUACGGUUGUUUUUCAAACGUUUCCUCCCGUUGACUUCUUCAAAUGUUCUGUUGUUCACUUCAGUCCAGGUAGACAGAUGGUUGUGUUCCUGUUUUCCCAUCUCUCCUGGAAGGCGUUAGAAUGGUUCAGAUCCGACAGAUCUAAGUUACUCCCUCCCUCUAUCAGCAGAGACUGGUACUAAUUUAGGGCUGUAGUGUCAUCAUCUUUAUGCCAAAGGUAACACAAAAGGACAUAACUUGCUGUAGAAUAACAAUACUAAUGCAACAGCCACUAAAAGCAUAUUAACUCGGAGAUCAAGUUGAACUACUUGCUAACCAUUAAGAGCAUGAUGCAGUAUGUACAGCAUGACUUUGAAAACUGACUCUGUCAGUUCAUCUACCAUAGCUACCCUUCUGCAAUGUUAUGUUUGAUUUAUUCUAGUUAUAAGGAAACCAUAAACUGUGUUUAGUAAAGUAAUGUGAAAAAAUAUUUAUUUUUUACUGAUAUAUAUACACAUAUAAACCAGAAGUGCACAAUGUCAAGAGCUCUGAUCCUAGUAAAGAAUUGAAUUUUUGGAUGAAAAACACAAAAAGGAGAAAACAACACAGAUUUGAGUAACUUGCACUAUGCCAACAUUCACAAGUAAUUUUUUUUCCAAGGUAAUGUAUAACUUGAAUUGCCACAAUUCAUCAUAUCAACUAUGAACUAUUACAUAUCAUAGUACAAUGUGGGACUAAAAACUGAUUGACAUGCACAAACAUUCUACAGGAUUGUCGGAUUGUGUAUUCGGAUGACAUAUCCCCUUUGCCAAGAUUGCACUUUUCAAAGCGCAGCAUUUUAACGUAGUAGACCACGUUACGUACCUGUUAUAUCGACAUUAGUUUGGCAAGAACAAAAUGGAAGUAACAAUAAAGUGCCAUAAAAUAGCUUAGAAUAGCAUAAAAUAACAUGUAUCUAACUUCAACUGUGAUACAUAUUUGUUCUCUUUUUUCCUUAAAAUGAAAGUGUUACACUCGCUACAUCAGUUGCAGAAAAUAUUAUAAUUACAUCAGUUGCAUAAAAAAAGUAUAAUUUGUCAUGAAUAACAAAGGACUUGUUAAGGGACUAGAAAUAGCUGGAUGUGGCCCAGCAAUUCUUGCAUCAUCUUGCCAUCACUCUUAACCAAAGUGAGAGUCAGUCAACAUCAAAGUCAUUUAAAGUGCAUCACCAUGUAAGCAUCGCAUGAAACAUGACCAGAAGUACCGGUAUCUCACUUUGAAAUUUGUUCUGGAAAAAAAUGUAUCCAAUAAAGUGAGCAAAAAAAACUGUUUCAAAAUAAAAGUCCCACUGUGAAGGAGGCUCAAACUGUCUUCGGAGUAUCCCGUUUACUGAGCAGGACUUCCAGCAAACGGAGUUUAGCUUUUAAGUUCUUGUACUCGCAGUACUCCUCUGCCAUGGGCCCACGGUCCUCUUUCUGGGCAGCCCUUUAAAGACGAGGAAGAGAAAAAUACUAACUUAACAUUUCAGACAAGCUGCAGCUUUCAUUACUGGUAUAGUCCCUGUGUUGCCUUAUUCAGAUAACUUUGUACAGUAAGUAUUGUAAUCAGAACAUUUUAUUUUACUUUCAAAAACCGCUACAUGUACAAAAUAUGUGUAUAGUUCAGAGCAGUUGUCUCUAUCUCUCUGUCUCUCUCCCAAGUACUUCUUUGUGUCGUAUUAACGUCAGUAAAUGUGCAUCACGCUGUUGUGAUUCUUCUGAAUUCUUCUGGUGGAUGUUUUCUUUUCUUUUUCACAAGGCAUUGUUGAACUAUGAAAACCAAAUGUUCCAGUUUAUUAAAAGAAAAUUAAAGGAAAAGCAAACA